UUUAUUACCAAUAUUAUCAUUAUUUUAUUGUGUAUUUUUCUAUUUUGUCUUUGGUCCUGCUAUUCAUUUCUUAAAAUCUAUCACUACACUGCUGCUGUGGCAGGUGACGGAUAAGUAAAGUUAAACUGAUCUUAUCUUUGAACUGCUUUUGUACUAAAUAAUGUUAUACAGAUCGAAUUUUACAUGCAAACUCAUCUUUUGAGUCAUACCAAUAAUUAUUUUGCUCUUUACAACUAUUCAAAGCUGACAUGAAAUAAUUUACACAAAGUGUAAAUAAAGUUUGUUGACCUUGUUGAUCAUGUAUCUGACUGUUAUUUAUCUGCUUUGAAGAACUUAGCACUUUUAAUUGUUAUAUUAUAGGCAUUUUUUACUUCUGACAAUCCAAAUUUGUAAAUAUACACUUUGCUUGUGUUGUUUGACAGUAAAUUAAAAAAGAGAGUAUGUUUAAGUUGUUGUUUAGCAAUAGAAGAAAAAAUAACAUGCCUUGAGCAGGACAGUAUUCUGUAUAUUAGAGUUUAUCUGACUAAUAUCUUUUAUCUUUCCACUGGAGACGACUACUGUCUACUGUCUACUGUCCCACUAACAGGUACACAGGUGUUACAGUGGCCCCUGUCACCAAUCAGUGAAAUUUUAAAGAUCCAGGCAGGAGCAGCUGAUGAGAUGCAUCAGGCCUUUAAAUCUGGUGGGCAUCAUCAGCUACACCUGAGCUGAUGUUUAAACAAUAGAGGAGAGGCCGCAGCGCCCCCCUGUGGCCCCUCAGUGUCCCCUCCUGAGAAAGGAAUCACAUUCUUCUUUCUUGCAAAAUACAGUCAAGACAUUAUUCAGGGUGAAAGAAAACAAAACACUGUUUUCACUCCGCAGAGUAUUAUACAUGCAGAGAAACACGUUAUGUUAUAUUAGACUAAACGUGCCAAUUUUGCAAUGUCUCUGUGAUAUGAUAUGAUUUUUUUUGUAUAGGCUAGUUUAUUUUUAGUGUUUCAUUUAAAUAAUUAACAUAAUGGUGUAUGAGUUACUUUUUUUUUUUUUUCUACAAAUGGGACGUGUGGGCUACAUAAUAUGAUACCUACAAACAUCUGUCUGAAACUCCCCGCUGUCAUUCAGCCUGGUGUAGUUUGUGAUGGAGCAGGCCUGCUCCAGCAGCCUAUAACAGACCUGCAUGUGUCCACCUAUAGCUCGGUGCUGUGUGCCCACUGCGGCGGGCUGACAAUGACUUGAAUGCUGAUUAUUGUGAAGAUCGACAAAGGACACGAGGAAAGGAGGAGAUGAACCGCUUCCUGAGAGCUGGGGAGAAUGGAGGGCUGCUGACGGACUGCAGGGAGCUGUCACCCAACCACACCGCCUCCUCCUCCUCCACCACCUCCACCUCUUCCUCCUCCUCCUCCACCGCCUCCUCCAUCUCCAUCACCUCCUCCUCCUCCUCCUCCUCCUCCUCCAGCGCCGCUGGCUCAGCCGACAGACACGCGGCCCUGCCCUCGCUCCAGACGCGGGGACCUGUCGGCGGUGGCGGCGGCAGCGGCGGGUCGGAGCCGAGGAGAUCCGCGCUGAAACGCAGCCGAGCCGGCCGGGAGGGACGAGACGAACCGGAGGCGGCGGAUCGCGCAGCGGCUGCCGCGGCUGCGGUGCGCGGCGGCGGCGAGUUGUGCGUCGGGCUCGGUAAGCAGCAGCAGCAGCAGCAGCAGAGUAGGGAGGCUCAAGGACGCAGCGUCGGUGGAGACGGUCUGGAGAUGAUUUCAGCGGUCAGCAGAGACGCGGACGGCUGCGGCAACAACAACGGCGUCUCCGAAGUGACCACGGCCUCUCCUGCGAGCUGCGCCAAAGGAAAGGAGGAGAGGAAGGGGAAGAAUGUGAUCCGGGGCUGGAAGAGGGAGAGGGACAGGGAGAGGGACAGGGAGAGGGACGCCGCCGCUCCUCCCGCUCCUCCGGUCCGGACGAGGAAGGAGAAGCCCGCCGAUGGCUCGUCUCCUCCUCCCUCCGUCUUCCUCCCGUCGUCCGCCCUGCCCGAGCAUCAUCUGUGCCGCGACGGCCCCGGACACUGCCACUGCGCCGCGCCGGACUCCAGGAUCACGGGAGAUACCAGCAACGUAAACAAUAACAAUAAUUGUGGGAGUAGCGGCGGCGGCGCUGCCAACAAAACCGCGCUGGAGUGUGGAGUUAAGAGCGGCGGCGGCGCUAUUGUUGUCAGGCGGCAGCAUGACGACACGCCGGCGGCCAAGAAACACAGGGGAGCCGAGAAGGUGGACCCCAUGUUCACGGUGCCAGCUCCCCCUGCUCCAGGCCACCCCGGGGCACCCGGGUCCUCUCUGCCCUUGGCCCCUACCUUCUCCCCCCCAGCCCUGCCCACCUCUAACCCCAAGCAGCUGGUGGUGAGGACGAGGUCUAUAGGCACCAACACCCAGGAUGGAGGCGUCUCAGGGGCACUGGAGGGCGACUCGGCCUGUCUGGGACCCUGCCAGCCCGGGACCAGCGUCAAUCUGGAGGGCAUCGUCUGGCAUGAGACUGAGGAAGGUGUACUGGUGGUGAACGUGACGUGGAGGAAGAGAACCUACGUGGGAACUCUGUUAGACUGCACCAAACACGACUGGGCUCCUCCAAGGUUUUGUGAGUCACCCUCCAGUGAUCCUGAGUUGCCAGGUGGGCGUGGCCGGGGAAAACGGAUGCGAAUGGCCAUGGCUGAGCGGCCCUGCAUUGAGCCGACACCUGCUGCCAAAGUCAGGGGUUUAUCACAGCACAGGAGCCGUGGAGGAGGUGUGGCUGGAACCACUGCACCCAUCCACAGCAAGGGACGGAGAGGAAGCCUGAACCUCAUCAACAGCAACUGCCGAGCACCGCCUUCUUUCUUCACUGUUGAGGAGGUGAAACCUGCAAACAGUACGUCCUCUCUCUCGUCUGGGAAGCGAAAGAACAAACCGCCAGCUGACCUGGACCUCAGCCUGGUCUCCUCUGAUGACAUCAAAAACGGGAAUGGGAAGAGGAUCCGAGCCAAAUCCCGCAGCGCCCCAUCCACACCGCAAGGCAAAUCUGAUCCAUCGUUCAUGGACCCCGGAGGAGGUUGUGCCUCCUCACCACCUCCCCCACCCAUCCUCAUUGACUGCCCACACCCCAACUGCACUAAACGCUACAAGCACAUCAAUGGCCUGCGCUACCACCAGACCCAUGCACACCUCGAGGUUGAGGAGCAGAGGAAGCCUGAGCUCGAGCCCAUGAAGGAUGCAGAGAGUGAGGAACGAAUAUCAGACUGUGAGGACACCAUCAGCAACAUGACAUAUGACCUCUCAGAGACUAACAGCACUAAUACCAACAGCUCCUCAAAGAAACCUGCUCCUCUAUAUAAGGUGACCACGGUGGGGUCGCCUAAGAACAGAAGGUUACUCCUCAGCACUGACCACACACCCACUGCUAACUCCAAGACCAGAAGAACCUCACUGCUGAAAGAUGGGCUCAUUGAUGACCUUAGCAAUCUGCCCAUCAUAUCCAACAUGACCGUGGUUCUGGAGAACUGCAUGGUACCAGACAGAAACUCCACGGUAGAGAUGCCCAAGCUGGAAGCAGAGGGUUUGAUUGACAAAAAGGGAGGCGCAUGUGACAAAGGCAAGAAGGCCAACGGGAAAGUUGAGAAGCUAUCCAAGUCACGAACCAAUCGGCCGAUUGCUCCGGCCCCUGCCCCACCCAAGCUGAUCGCCAUACCCAACACAGCGUAUCCAACAGGCACAGCAGAUACUGCCACCUCACAGCAGCCCACACCAAUGGCAGCUGUAGGACUCACCAGUAAAAACCUUCCUCUGAAACCCAUCAAACCAAAGCUGAGUAUCGUUGUGGAACCGAGCCUUGUCAAAGCCACCUUGGUUAAUUGCAGCAAAGAGACCAGAAAGAAAGAGAAACGGAGGCUGAAGGACAAACAUAGCAAAGAUGCACCGACCAGGACGCCUAACGGGGACAGCAGUGGACUCAAAAUGGAAGAUGGUGGUGGUGGUGGUUCUAAAAUGGGUGUUAAGGAAAUUUCUGGGAGCCUUCUGAAGGAGCACCUUAGUAAGCAAGAUGUGAUGAAUGGGCUUACGGAAAGCCAGGAGAGUAGGAUGGCCAGUAUCCGAGCUGAGGCUGAUAAGGUCUACACCUUCACUGACAACGCCCCCAGUCCCUCAAUUGGUGGUUCAUCGCGGCUUGACCCUAGUGGCGGUUGCCUGGCAGCAGCAGACAGCAACAGCAAAAACAACAGCCCCGCCUACUCUGACAUCUCAGAUGCCGGGGACGAUGGGGGAUCUUCUGAAUGUCGCUCAGAUGGAAUCAGAUCCAAGUCUAGCUCCUCAACCUCAUCAGAGGUGAGCUGUAACAGCAACCAUGGUAACCCUGGUAAAACCCCACCCACAGCAUCUGCCCCUUCAUCAAAAGACCCCCAGUCUCCAUACUACCACAGCUACGAGCCCUACUAUCUGCAAGGUUACAUGCAAUCGGACAGGCAAAACAACAGCAGCGUUGCUUUCCACAAAAGCUCUGCUCUUGAUGGCAAAGGGAAAGAAAGAAAGGAAGAAGUAAAGGAGGAUGACAAAGGCUCCUCCCAUGAGUUCUUAGAUUCAAAGAAAGGCGAUGGGCCACCUCAAUCUCAGCUUCAGCUGGCUAUGAGUCAGACCCAGACUGCUUUGGCCCAGUCAUUGUACUAUGGCCAGUACUCCAGAGGACUGUACAUGGACCAGAAACUGUUACUGGCUUCCAAAUGUUGCGACCAGACGCACAGUGCCAAGCAGAGGGGCGAGAGGGGACAGGGGGUGAGAGACAGUGAGGAAGACAAACAUAUUGUCGGGGCUUCAGUCGGUGGACCCAUGCUAAGUAAAGGUCCAGAUGGUACUAAAGGUUGCUGUCCCAAACCCAUCCUGUCCUACGUGGAGAUGAGUGAGAGGGGAGAAAGGGGACUGGGCGUAAAGGCUGUGCACGGUGGCAUGGUGGACCAGCACCAGGUCUCGAUGAAAGACUGCGAUGACAUCAAGUCACCGUCCUCUUCCUCUUCUUCAUCACUCCACAACCCAAACAGUCAGACAGAUCUGGACUCAAAUGUUUCCUUUUCCAGUCCCUCAGACGGCCCGGCCUGGGCUCACUGCCUGGUUCACAGCAAAUACUCAGAGCUACAGAGUCAACAUGGCGAGGAGGCCGAGGAGGGUGAGGCAGACAGGGGAAAAGAAUGGGCAACUACCGUGGAGCCUGCCGGGGCCAAGAUGUCUUCAGGAGGAGGAGGUGUGGGAGAAAGAGGAGGAGGUGUGGGCGGAGAUGCCAAAAAAGCCAGGCACCAUGGAUCCCACGACCUGCUGCCGAGCAUCGAUGCAGAGGAGUCAGACAGGCUGGAUGGGCUAGAUGAUCAAGGCCAGGAGUCAAUGGGAGGGUUGGCUGAGGAGUCCCAGAGUGCCCGGGCGGCGGUGUCUCCUCCCAUGACCCCCCAGCAGCCCUACAUCCAGUAUCAGCACUCCUCUUACCCGCCAUACCUAGCAAUGUGUGAGAGCAGCGGAGGCUCCUAUAGGGGGGUGUCCCCAACCCUGGUCCACAAUUACCCAGGUUUCCACUACCCUCUGUACGGUAAGACGGCGGGCAGGGAGGAGUCGGAGGUGACUCCGCCCAGCAGAGGAGGAGUGGUGAGCAGCAAGCAGAGCAGCGGCGACUCCUCAUCCUCAGCCAUGGAGCUGCUGCAGCAGCAGAGCCAUCAGUACCAUGGAAAAUCACCUGCUCCUGGCGAGAAGGGUUCCCCUGAGGGAGAGAGAGAGACAGAGCGAGAGAGGAACCACGUGUCCUUCGCCCGACACCUCCACACACACCAUCACACACACCUGGGUAUGAGCUACAACCUGAUGGCAGGGCAGUAUGACAUCUACCAAGGGUUGAGCUCCAGGUCGCUGGUCUCCAGUCAGCAGGUGUCGGGACACUCCUCUACUGAGAGCGACGGGAAGAAGUAGGACCAUGUGACCACGUCUCACAUGAGGAACGGCAGAUUUAUCAGACAUCAAUUCCAUGGUGUUGAAUAAGCUUCGCCUCGCUGAGAGGCAGAGAACACAAAAUUAAAAAAAACCUCUUUCAUUUCUUACUAAUGACAGCCACCUGUUUUAUAACACGUCAACAAAGAGCAAACAGAGGGACAGAGAGCGGGAUCGAGGACCUUUCUGAGGGAGGAACUAUCUGUAUAAAAAACCCAGAUCACUGACUUUUGGAGCUUUCAGUUUUGCAGGAUUUUGACAGAAGCGGGCGGCAUGUAUAAAAGGAAACAACUCAGCGCGCCGUGCACUCAGCCCAGCCGCAGCUUUAUGAAAUGCACAUUUAUCGUAGUGUAUUAUGACGAUGAUAUGACUGAAUGUACUGAUGACGACUCACGUUAUCCCAAUAGUGUUGAUGGUUUUUUUAAACUCCUGUUGGGAAGCAGCAUUAGGAAGCUAAAAAAUCUAUUAUUAUCCUUAUUAUUCUCAUUAUGAUUAUUGAAGUUGUCCUCCUCCCUCCAUAGUGCUGACGCUACAUUUGUAUUACUAACCUGUACUUGAGCGUAACCAUGUUGAUUGUAUUGUCUUUAUGUGAGAGUAAACCUUCACAUCGACCUGCCCAGUGCCAUGUAGGAACCCAGUGGUGUAUAUAUUCUGUACAGAUUCAUGGCAGAGCACUAACAUGCUUUAUCGUACUCUAUGUUGAUCUCCAUCAGCCAUGCAGGGGAGCAGCGGGCAGAGUGGGAAAAACCAGCAGGAACAGAGCUGCUGUUUCUUUAUUAACUGACUCAAGUUCAUGUGCAGCAGUUUGUCCUUCGAUGUAGUUUAGGUUGCACAUUUCCAAUUUGGUUAGAGCUGAUGGUAUGUGUGUCAUUUAGAGAAUGUUAGCCUCAGUUUGUGCCUCUAGAGCUUCUGGAGACUGUUCUCCCAAACAUAUUGAUUCUAUACGAUCUACUGGCAUGCUACUGCUACAGUGCUGGAAGCUGCUGUUUCUUUCCUGCCUGCUACCAGCAGUCCGUGAUGGAGCAGUUGGCAAAACCGUCUCAUCAUGAGGUCCAAUCUAUAGCUGAUCUGAAGCUUUCAGUUGUUUCACACCAUCUUCCUCAGCAGAUUAUCCAGUUGGCAUGGAAUUGUGGAUAUUCAAAUUUUCAUCACUUCAUGAUUGCAUCACAGUUGAAAGUUGAUUUUUUGCAGUCUGUCUACAAUUUCAUGGCAGCUGAGUAAUUGUAUGAUAUGUUUGAAAGCUCCAAAAUAGCUACUAAAUGGACCGUAUGGUCAGAUUGUCAUGCCAAAUGAAAACAAAGUUUCCUAACAUUAGCUAGUAGCUUAUUUUCGACCAAUCCUGACCUAGUUUUUGUGCCUAAACCUAACUAUACCUUAACUAUUGUGCUAACCAUGAUAACAGUCAUCACUAUACAGAUGUACAAGCUGCUGUUUCUGUCAGCUUUGGUAGGCUACACAAUUCAAAUUUAGACCAUUCCUUCUUUCUUGGUCCCAAACAAAUAUGGUAACGUACUGUCUAUGUUUAGUUCAAGGAAGAAAGACUUACAUUGUGUCAAAAUUCAGUGUACACAAGAAAAAAAAACAUAAAAUAAAAGA